AUGAGCAGAUCCCGGUCAUCAUCAUCAAGUUCAUACAAAAGGAUUGGAUUGCCAUUAACAAGCGGUCCGAAGAGUUGGAUUGGUAAACUACACGCAUCACCUUCCGUGGAAGAGUCGAGUGAACUCGAUGAAGUCACGGCAAAAGUCCUUGAUACUGAGACAAAGCUUUUUGAUAACUUCAAGACAAAUCUACGAACAGAUCUAAAUAGGAGUGGUGAAAUGAAAAAUGCCUCCACAGAAGACUCGAAGGACAUCAUGCAUUUACUAAAAGAAACUGAUAAGAGAUCUCAAUGGCUCGACCAUAUUAAUUAA